AUGUCCGAACAAGUGCUAAAAUUCAUUCCAGUGAAGUCGGUAAUCGAUCCUGGUUUUUGGGAAUCGCUUACGAAGAAAAAGCUUGACGAAUGGAAACUGGACGAUUCAGAAAAGCCGCUAGAAUGGUCGUAUUCUCCCGGAAAAAGUUUCAUUCGUUUCGACUACGAUGCACUCGAAAAGCCAUCGUCGGUGUCUUGUGGAACACUUCGCAAUUUUAACACGAUUGAGGACUUUAAAAAGCUCGACAAAAAAGAAUAUCUAAAAGAAGCUCUUGGAGAGAUCAGAAAUAACAUUCAAAAUUCGGAUUCUAUCGAGUGGCAAAGGCUCUUUCUUCCGAAGAUCAUCACCUUUUCCGACCUGAAAAAAUAUCACUACACGUUUUGGGUCUGCUUUCCAACCAUGAAGCUUUCCAAACCGAUCAGUAUCAAGUCCUCUCGAUCUCUCAAUGCCACCGAAUUGCAGCAACUAGAACACAGCGAACAGCACAAAGAAAAUUUCUUUCUUCUAGUCAAAAAUCAUCGUCGACCCUUUCAGCAAGCGACAAAGAUCAUCAAAGAAGAGGGAAAAGAUGCAAACGUUGUAUUUUGCUUUGAGGAUCACGUGAAUCAAGAUGAAACGCCAGAAAACGCAGUUGGAAUCAUGGCAAGAAAUUUAAUUUUCUUCAUUUGGUCGAGACUUGGGCUCAAUCAAUUCAAAAUAUGCUCCGUGCGAUCAACUUUGAAGCAGGAAAACGGCUCGUUCUCGCGCGAUUUUUCCUCCAGCCGACUCUACGAGCUGUGCAUUUCUAACGACACGGAGGAAACGAAUGGCGCAGGAUGGGAGCCCUUCAAGGACAAAUUAGCGCCAAAGAAAAUCGACCUUUCAGCGUCAAUGGACUCCCGCCAGCUCGCCGCGAAUGCAGUUGAUCUCAAUCUCAAACUCAUGAAGUGGCGAUUGCAGCCAAGCAUCGAUCUCGAGAUUAUCAAGGAGAAGAGGAUUCUUUUGCUUGGCUCGGGCACACUUGGUUGUAACGUUGCGAGAGCGCUUAUCGGAUGGGGCGUACGGCACAUCACAUUCGUUGACAAUGGAAAGGUCAGCUACUCCAACCCGGUUCGCCAGUCGCUGUUCAACUUUGCCGAUAGCGAGAAAAAGGCGGCCAAAGUUGAGGCAGCUGCUGCCUCUUUAGCGCUCAUUUCUCCAAAUGUUACUACCCGCGGAGUGAAGCUUUCCAUCCCCAUGCCCGGCCAUCAUAUUGACUUGGAGACUACAUCAAGUAGCGUGAAGGAACUGGAGAGCUUGAUCUCGGAACAUGACGUUGUUUAUUUGCUGAUGGAUACGAGAGAGUCGAGGUGGCUUCCAACAGUGAUCGGGAAAUCAAUGGACAAGUUGGUAAUCAACGCAGCGCUUGGCUUCGACACAUUUAUGGUCAUGCGGCAUGGCGUCUCCCCUGAACGAGAUACGGGCGAUUUACAGCUUUCGGCUGCGGAAGAGAGUAAAACCGGAGCGCGCAUUUGCCAUCUCGGAUGUUAUUUUUGCAAUGAUGUCGUUGCUCCUGCCAAUUCAACGGCAGAUCGAACGCUUGACCAGCAAUGUACCGUUUCCCGCCCCGGUUUGUCAAUGAUCGCAGCCGCCUAUGCCGCCGAAUUGAUGGUUUCUGUUCUUCAGCACCGCGACGGAAUAAGAGCAAAAGCUGGAGUACGACCAAAUGAUCACGAAGAAUCUUGCCUCGGCCUAGUGCCCCAUCAGAUUCGCGGCUUCCUCGGCCAAAUGCAUACAAUUUUGCCGACGACGGAGGCAUUCGAACAGUGCACAGCAUGCUCGAGCAGGAUUAUCAAGCAUUACCAAGAGGGAGGGAUCGACUUUUUGAUGAAUGUUUUCAACUCUUCCGCUGGAUUUCUCGAGGACUUAACAGGACUGACUGAACUACACGCUGCCGCAGCUGAAAUAGAAAUCCUCGGCUUUUCUUCGGACGAUGAAUAG